GUUAAUAACAUUAGGCUGCUUUUGUUAUUAAUAGGGAGUGAAUUGUUUAUUUGUAUCUCACACACAAGAAUAAACGCAUUAUCUGAUAACUAGAGAAAAAAAAAACAUUGCAGUCCAACUGCAGUAAGUAAGGAGGAAUGAAUGUGAUAUGGGUGGGAUGAUGACAAGCAUGCAGCUCCAGGAACAAUCACAGUGAGUAACUUUGGCAGAGCCUCCCUCUGACUGAACAAACAUCUCUUUCUGUCAUGACAAUCUCUGACCUAACAAUCUGCUUUCAUUGAGUAAAUUCCUGAUGGUCACGAUAAUAUUUUGCAAACAGAGCCACAAAGGUUUCCUCGUAAAAUCGAGAGACCCUGUUAAAGAAGUUCAGACGUGCACCAAGAUGUCAAGUGCGGCGUCCUUCAGUGUGUGGGACUAUGUGGUCUUCAGCUUAAUGCUGGUGAUCUCAGCAGGCAUCGGGGUUUACUACGCCUUCGCUGGAAGAGGUCAGAGCAGCUCCGCAGACUUUCUGGUGGGUGGACGGAGUAUGACAGCGGUGCCGGUGGCUCUGUCCCUGACAGCCAGCUUCAUGUCAGCCAUCACCGUUCUGGGGACUCCAGUGGAGGUGUAUCAGUACGGAGCCAUUUUCAUCCUCAUCUGCUUUUCUUAUGUUCUGAUGGUGGCUGUGAGCUCUGAGAUUUUCCUGCCGAUCUUCUACAGACUGGGAAUAACCAGCACCUAUGAGUAUCUGGAGAUGCGUUACAAUAAAGUAAUUAGACUAUUUGGGACAGUCCUGUUUAUCAUACAGACAGUCCUAUACACAGGUCUGGUUAUUUACGCCCCGGCUUUGGCUUUAAACCAAGUCACAGGUAUAGAUCUCUGGGGUGCCGUCAUUUCCACCGGAGUCGUCUGCACUCUCUACUGUACAUUAGGCGGUCUGAAGGCAGUGGUGUGGACGGAUGUAUUCCAGGUGGGUAUCAUGUUGGCUGGGCUCUUGGCUGUCAUCGUCCAAUCGGUGCUGCUGCAGGGCGGGAUCUCCACUAUCAUCAGUGACUCCACCCAGGGAGGCCGGCUCAACCUAUGGAACUUUGAUCCGAACCCCCUGAGGAGACACACUUUCUGGAGCAUCACAGUGGGAGGGACGUUCCUCUGGACCAGUGUCUAUGGUAUCAAUCAAGCUCAGGUGCAAAGAUACAUAUCAUGCAAGUCCCUGUUCCAUGCUAAAAUGGCUUUAUACAUAAACUUAGUGUCUCUCUGGGCUAUAUCAAUAUGCUCAGUGUUUUGUGGCUUGUGUUUAUACUCCGUUUAUAAGAAUUGUGAUCCAUGGGCAGCAAGAAAGGUGUCUGCUCUGGACCAGCUUAUGCCAUACCUGGUGUUGGACAUCCUGAGCGAAUAUCCUGGUGUGCCAGGACUGUUUGUGGCAGCAGCAUAUAGUGGCACAUUAAGUACAGUCUCCUCCAGUGUAAAUGCUUUGGCUGCGGUAACUAUUGCAGAUCUGAUUCGGCCAUACUUCAGUCUGUCAGAAAGGCAACUGUCCUGGUCUUUAAAGGGCAUAAGUUUGUUUUAUGGUGCCGUGUGCAUCGGAAUGGCUGGUGUUGCAUCUUUAAUGGGAGGGAUGCUACAGGCUGCUAUUAGUAUCGCAGGAGUGGUUGGCGGACCUCUACUGGGCCUUUUUUCUCUUGGCAUCCUGUUUCCUUGCGCUAAUGCAAAGGGAGGUUUGGCAGGGCUGGUGUCUGGUUUGGCUCUGUCACUGUGGGUGUGCAUCGGGGCACAGAUAUACCCUCCACUACCAGAGAACAGCAGACCGCUGGCUCUGAUGACACACGGCUGUAACUUCUCAGGUGGCACUAACUGGACUGCAAACAUAGACGACUUCAUACUGAAAGAGCAAAGGUGGGGAGGUUUGGCAGGGCUGGUGUCUGGUUUGGCUCUGUCACUGUGGGUGUGCAUCGGGGCACAGAUAUACCCUCCACUACCAGAGAACAGCAGACCGCUGGCUCUGAUGACACACGGCUGUAACUUCUCAGGUGGCACUAACUGGACUGCAAACAUAGACGACUUCAUACUGAAAGAGCAAAGGCCUUUCCUGGCUGAUAACUGGUACUCACUCUCAUACCUGUACUUCGGCCCACUGGGGACUGUGACGGUCAUCACCGUGGGUUUUAUUGUCAGCAUACUUUCAGGCGGCACACAGAUGAAAGUGCAGUCUGGGCUUACGCUAUCAAAAGAAGACCUCACCUUCUACAAAGCCUACAAUGUACUCAAAGCAAAAGUUUCCAGUAGCGCAGGAAAUUUUGACCUGGUGCAGGAGCUGGAGAAAUCCUUUGGAAAAACCAACUUUGCUUUCUGUGAUGUAGAGCUGUCUACACAAAGACCUGCUUAGAACAUCAUAAAACUUAAGUGUAUUUAAAUAUAAAUACAUAUGUAAUUGUCAUUACAAAUAACUGCCUAUUGUAUAUCUAACAAGGACUUAGAAGUAGUAAAAAAUAAAUGUUUAUGUCCAAAUCUGUUGUAGUGCAACACAUCAAACACAGACAUUCAAAAACGUACAGAAAGUAGUGAUUUCACUUUUGACACAUAUACAGUCUGGCAGAAACAUUGAUUAAUGCUCUGGUUCGUAGUAGUGCC